AUGACCACACAUCCUAAAACUACUGCUACUUCUAAACCUAUCAACUUCUUCAAGGGACAUCCGUCAUUUCGGUUGUUGCCUCGUGAGGCAAUAAUUGAAGCAACAACACAAUUGCUCUCUCCUGAAGUUAGGGACUUUGAUGACAAGAACGAGGACAGACAUCCUUUGACUUAUGGGCCAGAUGAAGGUUCCCUUUGGGUGCGUACAGCUAUUGCGGACUUCAACAAUACGUGUUUCCAAUUGGCGGAAGAAAAAAUGAAAUCGAAGGCUGAAUAUAUUAAUUUAACAGCGGGAGCCUCCUACGGUGUCAUGAAUAUUUUACAACAAACAACGUUGCCCCAUACUGGAUAUACCAGACAGGCAUUUUUGGUAUCUCCUACUUACUUUCUCAUCAAUGAGACAUUUAUUGAUUCGGGGUUUGGCGGCAAGUUGACUGCAAUUGAAGAGCUUGGACAUGGGAGGAUCGACUUGGAGACCCUAGAAAAGAAGAUAAAGUACUUCGAUUCGAUAUCUGUGGACCAUCCAUCUGAUCUGGAUUUAAUAACAGCACCCAAUUCGUCUAAAAAAGUUUAUCGAUAUGUAAUAUACUUGAUUCCAACAUACUCAAACCCUGGAGGACAAACAUACUCACUGGAGACAAGAAUAAAACUUAUAGAACUUGCAAGGAAGCAUGAUAUGCUAAUUAUAUCAGAUGAUGUUUAUGACCUGUUGAAAUAUGAUGACCCUCUCGAUAAAUUGCCCCGUCCUCUUCCACGUCUCACUCAUUUAGAUAGACUUUCAUAUGAAAAUGGAGAGUCAGGUUAUGGUAACACUGUGUCAAAUGCUACUUUUUCUAAACUCAUUGCCCCAGGUUUAAGAUUUGGAUGCCAAGAAACUGUAAAUCGUAAUCUAGCUUGGCAACUCUCACAAGGUGGGGCAAAUGUCUCGGGUGGUACUCCCUCUCAAUUAAACUCCAUGAUUGUUGGGACAUUGUUAAACUCGGGCAAGGCAACGGAAGUUAUUGGCAAUUUGAGAAAAGAAUACUUGCUUAGAUCGACUACAUUAUAUGAAGCCAUUAAAAAAUACCUUCCAAGAGAUACGAAAUAUGACAUGCAACUCGGAGGCUAUUUCUCCUGGUGCACAUUACCGGAAGGUUAUAAUUGUAAGGAAAUUCAAGAUGAACUUGAAAAGCGUUAUAACGUUAUAUUGGCCAACGGAAGCUCUUUUGAAGUUAUCGGCGAUGAAAAGAAUUGGGGUCAGAGAUCUGUAAGACUUUCUAUAAGUUUUCUCGAAUCGCAAGAUAUUGAAAAAGGUAUCAAACUUUGGGGAUCUAUCUGUGAAGAAUACGCAAUUAAACAUAACUUGUCAUUUCGUUGA